ACGGGAAGCUAAAAAAAAAUAAAAAAAAUCUUGUCAACUAAAGUGCUGGUGCUAAUCUCCAGCGUCACGUUUGUCGUGUUUUUCGUGUGCGGAGCCGCAGUUUUUUAGCGUGAAAACCCGCCGUGACGCGGAAACAUGGGCUGUUUCUUCUCCAAGAAAUCCAAGAGAAAGUCGGAGAAAGACGAUCGCACUCCGACGACGACCACCGUCGAAACGACGACGGGCAACGCGGUUCCCCUUGGCAACAACAGCGACGAAGCUCCGAAGCAAUACAGCUGGGACAAGCGAGAGAAGGUGGAUCCUAAAGACUACAUGCUGACGAAGCUCAAAGACAUGACGGUGGGUCGUCUUCCCGGGAAACUGAACGGGCAGCAGUUUGUCAUCCAGGAGUGUGAGAACUGCAACAUCUACGUGUUCGACCACGCGGCGACCAUCACCAUCGACGACUGUGUCAACUGCCGCGUGUUCCUGGGACCCGUGAAGGGCAGCGUGUUCUUCAGAGACUGUAAAGACAUCAAGUGUGUGGUGGCCUGUCAGCAGUUUCGCACGCGGGACUGUAAAAAGAUGGACGUGUUCCUGUCCUGCAGCACUCAGCCCAUCAUUGAGUCGUCCACGGGGAUGAAGUUCGGCUGCUUCCAGUACUACUACCCCGAGCUGGGCUUCCACUUCAAGGACGCCGGCCUGAGCAUCUUCAACAACAACUGGAGCAACAUCCACGACUUCACGCCCGUGUCCGGCGAGAACAACUGGAGCUUGUUGCCAGAGGCGUCGGCGGUCCUGGACUUCAUACCCGCGCCAGACUCGGAGUCCGAGUUCAAGUCUGUGCGGAUCUCCGCCGACGCGUCGCGCAGCAUCGUGCCUUUGACAAAGGGAGGGAGACGCAGGGACAGCGACGAGUCCUGUCUCUUUGUCUUCUUCGCCGGAGAAUACACGACCGCAAACGCCCGGAAAAUGAUUGACGAGGCGACUGCUAAAGGUUUCGUGUUGAUCCAGACUAAAGAAGUGUCCAUGAGACCUGAAGACGUGAAGAGGGUUUUCCAGAACAGUGCGGAUGAUUUGGUGGAGUGGAUCACCAAAGGUCCCGUGAUCGCACUGGAACUGAGUGGUGACGGAGUCGUAGAAGCCUGCAAGAAAAUCGCCAAUGAUGUCUUCAGUGGCACCAAGGUUUUUGUCUCCGACAACAAAAACACAUCGUCCCGGGAUGUCGACAACUUCUUCAACUUCGCAGACAUGCAGAUGGGCCUGUAAACGAUCGUGUUUCACAGAACAAGUGUACGAGUUUUCUAAAGCAGCCGCCGUCCAGUGGCGUUUUUGUUUUUUUCAUUCUCCAGAAACAAAGUAGGUGUGAAUGUUUGAAUGUAAAGAUUGAUUUGCUGUAAACAUCGUGACUUUGCUGCUGCUGAUGCUGUGAAUAUUUAUAUUAUUCUAUGAAUGUAUUUGAUUUGGAAGCUUUUAUUGAUCGUGAAUGUAGUCGUUUGCUGUAAAUGUCGGGUUCGUUUGAGUUGGUGGGAAAAAAAAACAAAAAACCCACACACACAAGCACAAGAGAGAAAUAUUUUGUAUUUAUAUAAAUGUGUGAGGAUUUAUCCAUGCAUGUGCUUUAGAUGACGUAUAUUUUUCAAACGUGCUGUAUCCGUUAGGCCAAAGCUCAGAGUGUCGAGGUCAACUUCAUGUUUUCACAAGGAAAAGAAAAAAGUGCUGGAAUAUUUUCAUGUAGCCACUUCGUAUGAUCGUUUCAAAAAAAUAUUUUGUAAUAUUUUUUUUUUAUAUUCUACUCGAUGUUUUUGUAUAGAAACAGUUUCAUGUUCUACUUUAUAAUUUUUAGUCAAAGUUGUAUUGUGUACCACUUGGAUUUAUUUUUUAAAUAAAUUUUCUCCUCCGCAUGUAAA